AUGCUUAUUGAAGACGAUUCUUGGGUUAAUCUGGAAAUUCUUUGGACCCGCAUCGAUCUUGGAGAUCGGAAACUUUAUGUUUGCGUAGUGUACGUGCCUCCUGAUCGUUCCAGUGACCUGGUUGUAGCCGAUUCUUUUUCACGUUGCCUCUUCAAAGUCAGUUCCAUUUGCUCUCCUAAAGAUGACAUCCUCGUCAUCGGCGACUUCAACAUGCCUGGCUUGAAAUGGUGCUCUUCACAAGGCGGCUUUCUGUUUCCAGAUCCUGCGCGUUCUUCUUUCACGGCGCCCUGCAGUGUCUACUUAGAUGCCUUAAGCACAGCGACUCUACGUCAGAUAAAUAACAUUAAAAACGAGAACGGCAGGAUGCUUGACCUCUGCUUUGUUAACGAAGGGUUCAGGACUCCGACGAUCAAUUUAGCUCCCGCUCCACUCGUCAAAGCUGUCCUACAUCAUCCAGCUCUAGUGGUCUCACUCGGUGCCGCUAGGUUAUAUUCUCCCAUUGAGAAAACGUCUUACUAUAAAGAUUUCAAGAAUAUGGAUUUCGAAGCUAUAUCGCGGGUUCUGGAAUCCAUUGAAUGGGAAGUCGAGCUCGAUCUUUCUGAUCCCAACGCAGCUGCAGAGACAUUUACGAAUAUCCUUAGUUACACCAUCGAUCGCCAUGUGCCGAAACGUAGCGUAGGUGCUAAUCUACGGACUCCGUGGGUCACUAAAGAACUGCGGCAAUUCAAGACAGCUAAAAAACGUGCUCUUCGUAACUAUAACAAGCACAAGUCGCUCUACGCUCAGAACGAAUACCGCAAACUGAACUCGGCAUAUAAAAAGACCAGUAAGCGCUGCUACCAAAAUUAUCUUAAUCGGCUACAGCGAAACUUCAAGACCAGUCCGAAAAAAUUUUGGAAGCACGUAAAAAAUCAGCGGAAAGAAAUAGGGCUCCCGUCCCACAUGUUUCUGGACAACAACACAGCUGAUUCCGACCCCGAAAUUUGUGAGCUCUUCGCCGGGAAAUUCUCAAGCGUCUUUACAACUGAGGGCAUUUCUUCAGAGCAACUAACCAGGGCUGUCCGGAAUAUUUUACCUCUAGGUUCAUCUUUGAAUGGAUUCCUUAUUGAGCCAGCGGCGCUUCCUGCGGUAUGCACUACGUCACCUGAAUUGGCACGAUCCGUUUCGUCUGCCAAGCUACGAAAAUCGUUGCCGCCUCAUAGAUUUGGAUACGCUUCAAGUUCGUAG